AUGGCAUGUUCUGACACUACCCGUUGGACAGAAAACUUACCGCUGGUUCUAUUAGGUCUACGAACGACGUUUAAAGCUGAUUUAGGUUGCUUUGUCGCGGAGCUGGUAUACGGUACCACGCUAAAGCUCCCGGCUGACCUCGUUCAACCAAUCGACGUCAACGCUCUAGAUCCCUCAAACUUUGUUCAUUGCUUACGUUCAUCCAUGCGUGAACUGCAUUUUACUGCCACACGCGCACAAACUAACAAGCGUUACAUACCAAAAGAUCUGACAACUUGUUCACAUGUGUGGCUACGAAACGAUGCAGUCCGCAGGCCUUUACAGCCACCGUACGAAGGGCCAUUUGAGGUGAUCGCUAGAACAGCAAAACAUCAUAUGAUCAACAGGAAUGGCAAAGUCGAUGUACUUUCAGUAGACCGACUCAAGCCAGCGUAUAUCGAACAACCAUGUGAACAAAAAUCGACAGCUUCUAAAACACCAUUUGUAGGCAGGAGUCAUCAAAGCUCUUUGAAAAUGAUCCUCAAUCAUCAACACCUAAAGCUAAACCAAAAGAGACUAGUACGCGGCAAACACGGUCAGGUAGAAAAGUUCAUUUUCCAGACC